AUGUCGACUAUUGAAUCAAAUAAUAGCGCUAUGAAUUCAAAGAUUCAGUCGAAUACAGUUACUUCGACUGCACUUGUUUUGUAUCCGUCCAAUAUACAAUCUCAAACACCACCGCCUCCACCAUUACCAUUAACAUCAAGUGCAUCAUUACCAUCAUCACCAGCGUCAUUUAAUGAAGACAAACCUAUUGAAAAAUUUUAUAAAAAACAAAAACAAAUUAUUGUUGAAUUUGACCAAAUUGUUAAAGAUAUUCGUUUUCAACUUAAUGAACAAUUAAAAUGUUUGGAACAACGUAUCGAUACACAAAUAUCAAUUCUUGCUGAGAUUCAAGAGUACUUUAAACGUCGUGCUGAUGUUGAACUUGAUUACGCUAAAAAUCUUGAUAAUUUACAUAAGCAAAUAGGUCAAAAACAUCGAACACAAAAAGCACGACGAGAAAGUUGGAUACUUCAAUCUAUAUAUAAAUUAUGGGACACAAUUGUUCAAGAUACUCGUACUCAUGUGAAAUAUCAUACAAUUAUGUCCGAUAUUUGUGGAAAAUAUAUGUAUGAUAAAUUUAAUGAAAUCGUUGAAGAUACAAGACGAAUGUUUACAAAAUGUAAAUCAGUUGCUUUAGCUAGUCAUGAAGAUAUAUUUAAAGUACUUAAUGAAUUACAGAGUACAAUGAAAACCUAUCAUCAGUAUCAGAGCGAAAGCAAACAAGCCGAACAAAAAUUACGAAUUAUUCAACAACAAAUGGCAAAAAUAAAAAGUGCUAAAAAACAAAAAACUAUGGAAAAACGAGUUGAAAAAAGACAAAUGAAAUAUACAGAAACGAAAGUAAAAGCAUUUAAAGCACGUAAUGAUUAUUUAAUGACAAUUGAAUCUGUUAAUGCUGCAUUAAAAAAAUAUUGUACGGAUGAUGUACCUGAUUUAAUUGAUUGUAUAAAUUUUGGUUUUCAUACAUCAAUUGCUAAAACAAUUCAAAUGUAUUUAUCAGCACAAGAAAAUAUUAAACGUGGUCGACAAGCAACAAUUGAAACAUUAAAUCGAGCAAUCGGUGAUUUAGAUACAGUUACAGAUAAACAAAAGUAUUUAGAAAAUUAUACAAAUAUAUUCACAAUACAAAAAAAAAUUAAAUUUGAACCACAUAAAGGUGAUGAAGUAUCAGCUGUGAAUGCUCAAGUAUUAAUACGUGAUGAAAUGCAAUCACGUUUUAUACAAAUGCAAAGCAGACUUGCAGGAUUAAAAACAGAAAAUGAUGAGAUUUUCAAAACAAUUGAAGCUACAGAACAAUCAUUAAUGGAAUUUAUAAAUACAAAAAAUUCUGAUGUUUCCGAUUUAUUUAAAGAUCUUAAUUUACCACAAAAUGUAUCAAAAGAUAAAAGAAAAGAAAUUGAAGAUUAUUAUGUAGAGAAAUUUAAACAAUAUACAUUAAGUAGUAAUUUAAUUGCACGUUUACAAGCUCGUCAUGAUAUUAUGCAAAAAGCAUUAGGCGCUGCUCCAGCCACAACUGGUGUCGAAGAUAAAAAUUUCAUACGUCGUCCAAUAAAACCAAAACAAAUUGGUCGUGCUCCAAUUCUUGGUCGUCCACGUUUAUUUGGUGGAAAAUUAUUAGAUUAUAUUCAAGUAACACAACAACAUGUACCAUUAAUAAUUUCAUCAUGCGUUAGCGCUAUUAAUCGACUUGGUUUACAUAAUCAAGGUAUUUUUCGAGUACCUGGUGCACAAGUUGAUAUAAAUCAAUUUAAAGAAGCAUUUGAAAAAGGUGAAGAUCCUUUAGUCAAUAUAACUGGUCGUGAUAUGAAUUCAGUUGCUGGUGUAUUAAAAUUAUAUUUUCGUGAAUUAAAAGAACCAUUAUUUGCUCGAGACAUGUUUGAUUCAUUUAUUUCAUGUAUUGUUGAUGUUGAAUCUGAGGAAAAAUGUGUUGAGAAUCUUUGUCAAGUUGUGAAACUUCUUCCUCGUCCAAUAUUUAUUGUUAUGCGUUAUUUUUUUGCUUUUCUUAAUCAUCUUGCAGAAUAUUCUGAUGAGAAUAUGAUGGAUGCAUCAAAUUUAGCUAGUUGUUUAGCACCAACACUUAUGCUAAUACCUGAAGAUAAAGAUCCAGUACAAUAUUUAACACAUACAAUUGAACUUAUACGAACAAUAAUUACCCAUCAUGAAGAAAUAUUUCCAUCGGAUGGUAAUGGACCUAUCUAUGAAAAAUUUGCUAUUACAGUUGCAAUUGAUGGGGAAGAAGAUGAAGAUGAUGAAGGAAUCAGUGAACGAUCAUUAAGACGAACACCAAGUGAUGAUGCCUCACAAGAUUCCGAUUAUUGCACCGAAGAUUUUAAUUUAAUGAAUGAGACUGAUGUUUGACGUCGAGAUUCAGCUCCAGUACAAGAUCGUCCAUCUCUUAGUCUUACUCCAGAUCCAUCAUCAUCACUUAAUUCAAUUAGUUUAACAGCAUCAUCAAAUGAUCAACUUAAUGCUCCUAUUGUUUAUCGUCAAUCAUCUGAUUUAUCAAUUGUUGAUGAACAUCGUCUUGAAAUAGCUAAAGAAACUGAAAUAGUUGAAGUUGAUUCUGAUAUUGAUAAUGAAUCUGAUGAUGAUGAUGAUGAUGAUGAUGAUGAUGAUAAUGAAGAUUCUGAUGAAUCACAAGAAAAUACAUAUGAAAAUACAAGUAGUUCAAGUCAUCAAAAAUCUAAUAAUCAUCAUUCAAUUUAUGAUGUCUUACCACCAAGUCCACCAAUAUUACAAACAAAAAUCGAUCAUUGUCAUUCAAGAUCAUCAACAUCAUCAUCAUCACGUUUAACAUCAACAAAUGAACAACAAAUUAUUGAUAUUGAUACAGCAUUACGUGAAGUAUUAUCUGGUAUUCGUACAGUUGAAGAAUGUCAUGCACAAUGUUUUCGUUCAGUAUCAACAAUAAACAAUCAACAAGAUGAACGUUUAUCAACACCACAAGAAAGUGAUGCACCUGAUCUUGUACUUAAUUUACCUAUAUCAAGUGGACUUAUAACACCACCAUCAACAAAAUCUAUUGAUAAUAAUAUAAAUGAACAUCAAUUAUUAAAAUCAUCGUCAUCAAAUAGUUCACCAAUUCAUCAGACAGAUCAAAAUCAUAAUAAUAAUAAUUCAUUAAUACCAUUAACUAUGAUUAAUGAUUCAACACGUACAUCACGUUCAAAUUCUUCAUCAACAACAACAACACAUUUUAUUGAAAAAAUUCGUCCAUCACCUGAACCGAGUCAUCGAAAAAAAAUUCCACCACCUAUUAUGAAAAAACCCGAAAAAACUAUUGAAUUACUUAAACGUCUUGGUUUACAACCAUCUAAUGAAUCAUCAUGCGGUGCUACAAGCUCAUCAACGUCAGCCUCUUCUUCCUCAUCAUCACAUUUACAUCAACAGCCAGUAUCUGUUGCUGGAUCGUCUAAAACUACUGAUGUUUAA